AUGGAAACUUGCCACUUUCUUGGCCACCCUUUUCAGUCAGUUAUAUACCCAAAACUUCAAUUUUCAGCUAAGCCCAUAAAAAAUUCCCAAUCUUUACCUGCAAAUUCUGUUACUAAAACCAUUAAAACUCAAUCUCAAGGUUCAGUUUUAUAUAAUAAUAAUAAAAAUACCUUUUCAAAAUCCAAUAAUAGACAGACAGCUAUUGUUGAUAUUCUACAAUCCAAUGAUUUGCAUUUGGCUCUUUCAAGGUCAGGAAGUGUGUUGAAAGUGCAAGACUUGAAUUUUGUUAUGCGGGAAUUCGGUAAGAGAAAUCUGUUGAAGGAGCUUUCUCAGGUUUUUGAGUGGAUGCAGCAAAACGAGAUACUUAACUUUGCUUCUUAUAGUAGUUACAUCAAGCUUAUGGGAAAGAGCCUCAAUCCUAACAAGGCACUGGAAAUAUACAAUGGCAUAGAAGAUACGUUAACCAGGGUUAACCCAUCUGUUUGUAAUUCCGUUCUUGGCUGCUUAACUAAAAGUGGCAAACUUGAGAAAAGUCUUGAACUUUUUCGUCUCAUGAAACAAGAUGGUCUAAUACCAGAUGUGGUUACUUAUAGCACGUUACUUGCAGGUUGUGCCAAAGUCCAAAAUGGUUAUACAAAAGCAAUAGAGUUGGUCAAGGAGCUCAAAGACAAGGGGUUGCAGAUGGAUAGUGUUAUUUAUGGAACAAUUAUAUCUGUUUGUGCUUCACGUAAUCAAUCCAAAGAAGCAGAGAGUUAUUUUAACCAAAUGAAGACUGAGGGCCAUGUUCCGAAUGUCUUUCACUACAGUUCUCUGCUUAAUGCUUAUUCAAUAGAUGGAAACUACGAGAAGGCUGAGGAGAUAUUUAGAGACAUGAAAGCAGCAGGGUUAGUUCCAAACAAGGUAGUUUUGACAACUUUAUUGAAGGUUUAUGUUCGAGGAGGUUUGUUUGAAAAAUCAAGAGAGUUAUUAACUGAACUAGAAGUCCUUGGCUAUGCCAAAGAAGAGAUGCCCUAUUGUUUGCUAAUGGAUGCUCUAUCAAAAGCCGGGAAAAUAGAUGAAGCGAAAUUGGUGUUUAGUGAAAUGAAGAGAAAAAGUGUGAAAACAGAUGGCUAUUCCUACAGCAUUAUGAUUUCAGCCUUCUGUAGACAUGGGCUCCUUGAUGAUGCAAAGGAAUUAGCAUCAGAAUUUGAAGCCACAUAUGAAAAGUAUGAUGUAGUUAUAUUGAACACAAUGCUAUGUGCCUACUGCAGAACCGGAGAAAUGGAGAAUGUGAUGAAUUUAAUGAAGAAAAUGGAUGAAUUGGCAAUCAAUCCUGACCGAAAUACUUUUCAUAUACUGAUAAAGUAUUUUCUUAAGGAGAAGUUAUAUACGCUUGCCUUUAAGACUUUGCAAGAUAUGCACAACAGAGGCCAACAGCCAGAUGAAGAACUUUGUUCUAACUUAAUGUUUCAUCUUGGUAAAACCGGUGCCUAUUCAGAAGCAUAUACUGUGUAUAAUAUGAUGAGAUAUAGCAAGAAACCACCGUGCAAGGAUCUUCAUGAGAAAGUUUUAUAUAUUCUCAUAGCUGGGCGGCUUUAUAAAGAUGCAUAUGUUGUGUUCAAGGACAAUGCGAGGUUGAUCUCUCGGCCUGCUAUGAAGAGGUUUUCUAGUUCAUUUAUGAGAUUUGGUAAUAUAAAUUUGAUAAAUGAUGUCAUGAAGGCUAUUCACACCUCGGGAUACAAAAUUGGUGAGGGCUUGUUUUCUAUGGCGGUAACCCGAUACAUAGAUCAACCAGAAAAGAAAGAUUUGUUACUUCAAUUGCUGGAAUGGAUGACUGGUCAAGGCUAUGCUGUUGAUCCAUCAACAAGAAAUUUACUACUCAAGAACUCAGAUUUGUUUGGACGCCAGCAGACAGCUGAGAUUUUGUCUAAACAACAGGUGAUGUCAAGAGCAACAAAAGCACGUGAGACAAGCAAAAGAUGAAGACAUUUGGAUCAACGUUCAUCAUCCAGUAGAUAUGAUAUACAAGGCAGCAUAGCUGUGAAAUUUGUGAACGUUCACGUGCGAAUCAACGGUGCAUCUUGAGCCGUCACUAUAGUUUUUUAGCAAAUCCUGUUACAAAGGAAAACAAGAUUUUCAUUGUUUCUUGUUACCUUUCAUGAAGGUGCAGCUAAUGUUGUAUAGGAGUCAUGAUGCACGUUUGUUUAUGGUUUAGACCAUCAGAGUUUCUACCAAAGCAUGCUAGAGGUGAAACAUAAAACAAACACAAACAUAUGGUAGAUUUUGAGAAUAGCCCUUGACGUGUGUACUUCACUUGGAAGCCAAUUAGGGAAAAGCUGUAUUUGCCUGGUGUAAUCAGGAAAGGAAAUAUCUGAACUGAAGGAAAUGUAACUUUGUGAUUGUACAGGACUACAGGCAAAGUUAAAUGUGUUGUAGGGGAUUACAAACAUUGAGAGGAUUUAAUUUGCGAAUUCUAAAACCCAAAGGGUAUACAAGUUUAUCAGAGGAUAUGCAAUCUAGUAUUACUGGACAUGAAACGUUGGAUUUUUUAUUUUAUGAACAGCAGAGCUAUUUGUAUCUAUUACCUAUUAAGUAUUUGUGCAUGAAAAUAGAAUGAACUUUUUACA